UAGUUUAACUUUUUUUGGUCCACUUUAUCCUAUCAUUGCCUAUAUGUGGUGCGAACCAUCUCUCCCUCAAUCCAAGUCACGCUUUCACACUACAAAACUGGAGAGAAGCCCAAUAAGCGAGCAAGGAAUCUAGAAAAAUCCAAGAGAGAAAGAAAAAAAAAAAAAAAAAAUGGGGAUCGUUGAAGAAGCUCACAACGUCAAGGUUCUAGGAACCGGAGUUCAAAACCUUGUCCUAGCUCAUGGCUUUGGUACCGACCAGUCUGUGUGGAAGCACCUUAUUCCUCACGUCGUUGACAACUACCGAGUUGUUUUGUACGACAACAUGGGUGCAGGUACUACCAACCCCGAGUACUUCGAUUUCGAACGCUACUCGACUCUUGAGGGACACGCCUAUGACUUGCUUGCCAUUCUAGAAGAGCUGCAAAUUGAGUCCUGCAUCUUUGUGGGUCAUUCAGUCUCGGCCAUGAUCGGUGCCAUCGCUUCCAUCUCUCGCCCCGAGCUCUUCUCUAAGCUCGUCAUGAUCUCCGCCUCUCCAAGGUACUUGAAUGAUGUGGAUUACUAUGGAGGAUUUGAGCAAGAAGAUCUGGACCAGUUAUUCGAAGCGAUGAGGUCAAAUUACAAGGCAUGGUGUUCUGGGUUCGCACCACUAGCCGUGGGCGGAGACAUGGAUUCAGUGGCGGUCCAAGAAUUCAGCAGGACCCUAUUCAACAUGAGACCAGACAUAGCCUUGAGCGUAGGCCAAACUAUAUUCCAAUGCGAUAUGAGACAAGUACUAGGCUUGGUGACCGUGCCUUGCCACAUAAUACAGAGCAUGAAGGACUUGGCCGUGCCGGUCGUGGUGUCGGAAUACUUGCAUCAGAACCUCGGCGGCGAGUCAAUCGUCGAAGUCAUGUCAUCGGAUGGUCAUCUUCCCCAGUUGAGCUCGCCGGACGUCGUGGUUCCGGUGCUUCUCAGGCACAUUCGUUUCGAUAUUGCUGUAUGAAUUAUUAUGAUAGUUUGUGUUUGUGCUUUUUGGUGAAAUGGGCUGUGCAAAGUUCGUGUGAUCUUCAAUCACUAUCGUGGUUCAGUGGUGACCCAACACCUGUCCGCAUUAGUACCCAAUCGUGCGGGAGAGUCACAUCACUUCACAGAGCUCAGUAAUAAUGUCUCUGGCUAGCUAAUCUUAUUGCACUAUUCUUGUUCUAGAAACUUUUUUCUUUUUUUAAUUUAUUAUUAUUAUUUAUUUUCGUACUUUCUUUCUUCUUUAUAGGAGCUCGUUUCCCACAUUUGAUCUUGGCGUAUAGUUAGAAAUCCGUACGCUUGGGACUUUCCUCUUUUAUCCUUUGGCAUGUGCUUUAAUUAUUAAUUAAAAAUAUUAUUCUUAA